AUGUUCUCCAAACUACCCUCGGAGAUCAUCGUUCAUGUCACAAUAUAUCUUCCCACCAUCACCGAUAUAGCAAACCUGGCACAAACAUGUCAACGACUUCACAAAAUUGUCAACACAGAAGAAUCAGCAAUAUUUCGAUCAUUUGUUCAAAAUCAAUUUCCAUCUACCUAUACCCCAUCUUUUUGGAAAGAUGCCGCUCGAGUCCUUACUGCUCGAUCACGGGCCUUGGACAGACUUGGAAUCAUUGGCCGGUUCGUCAUCCCGCCAGCUACCACAAUACGAAUUGGGCUCAAUGAACCAAUGCGACUCGACAAUCCUACGCUUGGAUACAGACCUGCCAUUGAUUCGUAUGAAAUCUGGAAUGGCGACCGAUGGGCUGAACGAAGAGAAGUGCUUGCUUGGGGUGCAGGCCACCAGAUAGUCAUGCGAAUUAAACAGUCUGGAUCUCGCCCGAAAGAGCAAUGGGUUUCAUUUAACGACGUGAAAGAAGCGAGCAGCUACGAUGAUAUCUGCGGAUUACAUGUUCUUCAGUCAGAAUUUGGCAAAACCACUGGUGUCGAACACAUGAUCUUUGGCCGAAUGCGAGGCGGUCUUGUGCACGUUGCCCUUUCUGUCGACAAUGCAACUCAUGAGUAUAAGCGAAAAUUCAUGACUAGUGGAGAUUUACUCGAGAGGACAGAUAUGGAAGAUCAUACUUUGGCUGCCCAUUUCGAUAAUGGGUCUGUUGCUUUGUACCAACUCGAAAAUGAUCACAAAGAGGUUGAGCCAUUUGCGUGGGUCAUGGUGGGCUCUGAAGUAGAUCGGUCACGAAGCCGGUACUCGAAGCUUUUAUCAUCAUCAAGAAUCGCGGUGGCUACUGGCCAAAUCGAAAAUUCCUUAUCUAUCAACACGAUGUCCCCUGAUGGCAUAUGCCUCGAUCGAGAAAUCGGCUUAAAUUCACUUGAUUCUGGCGAUCAAGUCGGCAGAUCUGUACAUGCAAAUGUUACUGCCAUCGCUCCUCUCAAUAGUCAUCCCUACGCCGGCUCACCAGGAGAUGUGUUUCUAGCAACAUGGGGAGACCGCACAAUAAGGCUUCACGAUCUCCGUUCACCAAAUUCAUAUGAAGCAACAUAUCAAGAUACAACCGACAGCAACCUUAUCUACAGCGUACAACCAUUCGGCCACGAUCGCUUUCUGGCCGGGGCCGCCGGUAACGCAAUCCUUAAAAUAUUUGAUCUUCGCAUGAGCAAUGCCUACAGCCACUUGGACGCACAUUUCCCACCAACCAAAUCCCAAAUUUCACCUAAACCAGCGAAAAGGAAUGGUGCUCAAUACCCUCGCAAGGAUUUCUCGAUGUUCCUAUCUUCCCAGAUUCCUUCUGCUGCACCUCGAAGCUCCCGAGCGAACAGACGUCGGCCCUACCGUGGCCCGAUUUACACACUGUCUACACCAUCUCCAUCGUCGCCGACAGUAUAUGCUGGAAUCGUCGAUGCUGUGGUACGGUUAGAUUUUGCGUCGACUGAUGAUUUGACGGGGCCAUCGCGCGAUUGGUACGAGUAUAAUUUAGAUCUUGGGGUGGAGACAGGUCAACCCUCUGUUCCUGUCGAGACGGACAAUGUGUUUAGAAUGGCAGGGUAUGAACGCCCAGACCCAGGUGAUUUUACUACAACUUCCAAGCUGAGGCAUCAGCAUGGGUUCUGGUAUCCGGAACAGAGGUAUCUCAACAAUGGGACAGGAGCUGGUUGGGAUAGGCGGUGGGAGCCUCUUGAGAAGCCCGGUGCCUGGAGAAGGAGAGAUAAUUGCAAAUAA